UUGCGCUGGUCUCUGUCUGCAGCUGGAGUGUGUACGGAUGAACCCAGCAUCAACAGCACAUCACUCUCUCUCUCCCUCUCUCUGUUUCUCUCUCUCUCUCUCUCUCUCUCUCUCUCUCUCUCUCUCUCUCUCUCUCUCUCUCUCUCUCUCUCUCUCUCUCUCUCUCUCUCUCGUUCAGCCUGCAACAGAAACAACAAAGCAACAAAACCACAGCUAGCAGAGCAGAUGCACAGGGACCAUAACAGCAGUUCUGGGACCAGCAGAUGCACAGGGACCAUAACAGCAGUUCUGGGACCAGCAGAUCAGGGACCAUAACAGCAGUUCUGGGACCAGGAGGGCAAGAGCCUGUCAAUCCAUCACUCUGGGCUCUACCGAGGCUAGUGUUCUACCACUGGCCAACAUGAAGCUGCUGAACGGAGGAGGAGUAGGAGGAGGAGGAGGGGGAAAAGGAGGAGGAGGAGAAGAAGAAGUAAGAGGAGGAGGAGGACGAGGAGGAGGAGGAGGAGAGAAGAAUGCAUUCUCCUUCAAGAAGUGUUCUGCUUUUCAGUUUGUGAAGAGAAAGGUCAGGAAGUGGAAGAUGUUGUGCCGUCACCACGGUGAUGCUAAGCAGAAGGAGGCGGAGUCUGAGGUGCACCUUGGGGGCGGACCAUGGGGGGUGAGAACCAACCACCAGCUGGCUAGCCCUGUCCUGCUGGAGUGCUGUGUCUGCAGUGGACCCUUCGUUAGCUAUGCUCUGGAAGAGGCCUGGCAGCCACGGCAACGCACACAGGCGAUGGAUCUGUACUACCAGAGUGAACCAGACCCAGAGUUCUACUGCUGUCGCAACGACUCUACUUUUAUGAAACAGAGAAGAUUGGGGCUGAAUGACUUCAUUCAGAGGCUGGCAAAUAGUAACUCUGACACCUGCAAACAUCCUGAGGUUCAGUCCAUUGUCAACUUGGCUCCCCAACAACAGGAGGCUGAACUCAUGAACUCGAAUCCCUCUCCUCCUCCCAGGCCCUCCCAGCAGAUGAACCUGGGCCCGUCCUCCAACCCCACAGCCAAGCCCAGUGACUUCCACUUCCUGAAGGUGAUAGGGAAGGGCAGCUUCGGGAAGGUCCUCCAGACAGACGACAGGCACCGAACAGACGACCAGUUCUACGCUGUUAAGGUGCUGCAGAAGAAGGCCAUCCUGAAGAAGAAAGAGGAGAAGCACAUCAUGUCAGAGAGGAACGUCCUGUUGAAGAACAUUAAACACCCCUUCCUAGUGGGACUACACUACUCCUUCCAGACCGCUGAUAAACUCUACUUUGUGCUGGACUACAUUAACGGAGGAGAGUUGUUCUACCAUCUCCAGAGGGAGAGGCGUUUCUUAGAGCCCCGGGCCAGGUUCUAUACAGCCGAGAUCGCCAGUGCCCUGGGCUACCUCCACUCUCUAAACAUCGUGUACAGAGACCUGAAGCCUGAGAAUAUUCUACUGGACUCUCAAGGACACAUCAUACUCACGGACUUCGGGCUCUGCAAAGAGAACAUAGAACAGAACGGAACCACGUCGACGUUCUGUGGAACUCCAGAGUACCUAGCUCCAGAGGUGUUACACAAGCAGCCGUAUGACAGGACGGUCGACUGGUGGUGUUUAGGAGCCGUGCUUUAUGAGAUGCUGUAUGGCCUGCCUCCGUUCUACAGUCGUAACACAGCAGAGAUGUACGAUAAAAUCCUGAACAAGCCCCUGCAGCUCAAACCCAACAUCUCUAACGCUGCCAGGCACAUACUGGAGGGACUGCUGCAGAAAGACCGUACACAACGACUGGGACACAGCCACGACUUUGAGGAGAUCAUGAACCACAUGUUCUUCUCCCCCAUCAACUGGGAUGCCCUGACCUCUAAGAAGCUACCCCCUUUCAACCCAAACGUGACGGGUCCUAAUGACCUUCGUCACUUUGAUCCAGAAUUCACAGACGAGCCCGUCCCCUCUUCCAUUGGCUGUUCUCCUGACUCCUCCCUCAUCACUGCCAGCAUCACGGAGGCAGCCGAUGCCUUCCUAGGGUUCAGCUACGCACCCUCCAUGGGCUCAUACCUGUAGGAUAUCAUACCUGUGGAAUAUCAUACCUGUAGGAUAUCACACCUGUAGGACAUCAUACCUGUAGGAUAUCACACCUGUAGGACAUCACACCUGUAUGAUAAAAUACCUGUAGGACAUCACACCUGUAGGAUAUCACACCUGUAUGAUAAAAUACCUGUAGGAUAUCACACCUGUAGCAUAUCACACCUGUAGGACAUCAUACCUGUAGGACAUCACACCUGUAGGAUAUCACACCUGUAGGAUAUCACACCUGUAGGAUAUCACACCUGUAGGACAUCAUACCUGUAGGAUAUCACACCUGUAGGAUAUCACACCUGUAGGACAUCAUACCUGUAGGAUAUCACACCUGUAGGACAUCACACCUGUAUGAUAAAAUACCUGUAAUACAUCACACCUGUAGGAUAUCAUACCUGUAGGAUAUCACACCUGUAAGAUAUCACACCUGUAGGAUAUCACACCUGUAGGAUAUAACACCUGUAGGACAUCAUACCUGUAGGAUAUCAUACCUGUAGGAUAUCAUACCUGUAGGAUAUCAUACCUGUAGGAUAUCACACCUGUAGGAUAUCACACCUGUAGGAUAUCACACCUGUAGGAUAUCACACCUGUGGGAUAUCACACCUGUGGGAUAUCACACCUGUAGGACAUCACACCUGUAGGACAUCACACCUGUAGGAUAUCACACCUGUAGGAUAUCACACCUGUAGGAUAUCAC